AUGGGCAAAAGCGCAAAAUUCUACAAGCGGCCAACCCGCAAAGAGAAGGAAUCAAGGACAUUGAACAAGGUGGCCGAUCCAGCGGCGAGUGUACAGAAAAAGACAAAGCAAAAGAGUGGAAAGAAAAUGGAGAUUGUCACCACGGCUACCGUUGCCAUGGAGGUUGAUCCACCUGCCAACAAGAAAGUCAAGAAGCAUGCAAGCGACAAUGACAAGCCUGACUACGUUGACCUCUUUUCAGGAAAGAAGACAUAUAAGAAGGUUCCCCCAAAACGCAAAUAA